UCCGCCAUUGAGAACCUGUGCACCAGCAGCAGUCAUGAGUAAACCCGCUGUCACCAAACAGACCAAGACUGGCAGGAAAGCCAAGCAGGGGAGGAAGCCUACUGCCGACCCGCCUGAGACUGAAUCCGCCACCAGCUCAGCCAAGAGGGGACAGAGCGAGAAAUAUGACAGCACGAUGGCCUUGGACACUGUGAACGGAGCCACUGUCGACAUCUCUCCCAAGAAACCCAGCCAAGAAGCAAAGGAACGAGUGCGCGAGAAGCUUCAGAUCCACGAACUCCAGAGUGAGCUGACCAAGAAGAGAGUCGAGUGCGACAUUUUGCGAGAAGGCAGCAGGCAGAUAAAAGAAGAGCUGAGCUAUCAGAAGGAAGUACUGUCUCAACAGACCAAUGAUACCAUACGCCGUCUUGAGCAAGAAAAUCAUGAGCUGUCCGCUGUGGUGGAAGAACAGAGGAGACGGGGAGGCGAGAUGGAGAGGGAAGUUCAGGACCUCCAGAAGGUUCUCAAAGAUACAUCGGAAAAGCUGAAAGUGGCACAAGAGAAAUGGAAAACGCUUGAAGCGGAAAACAGGCAAAUUGAAGAAGAGAAGGAGGAGCUGCGAAAAUCUAAUCGCCGCCAGGUGGAAGAAAUCAGCGCUGCUAAGGCAGAAAUUACCAAGAUUACUCGGCAGGCGGAGGAGGCGGAGACGAAAGCGACCCAGGAACUACAGAAGCGACAAGAGGUGGAGGCAGAGAAUGAAGAAGUUCAGAAAGAGAGAGAUGCCGCAAUAUUCGAGAGAGACCAGGCUCAGGCUUCUUGUAAGGCACUAGAAGAGCAGAUAGAGAGGACGGAGCAGGAAAAGCGGGACCGGCCGUCAGAGGAAGCCCAAACCGACCUCCGGUCCUGCGUGUCCUGUCUCAGCAAGAAUGAGUACAAGGGUGACAUCACAGUGAUGGAGUCGUGUAGCCUUCUCCCGUACUUCAUCCACGGCGACAGGAAGAACCUUGUCAUCCCGCUGCGCCGCAAACAGACCGAGUCUCAGUCCGAGUCUGCGUCCCAGCCCAACGUCAUCGAUCUGAAUGAAUACAAGGCGGGCAACACGCAAGACCGCACGCCGCUCAAUGCCAGUGGUCAGCGGCCAGCACCGCCGAGGAAGCUGAAGCACAGAACCUCCUCCGACCAAAGCACGAAACUGCCGAGCUUGCUGAAGUCGAAGAAAGGAGUUGCCGGGAAAGAAGUGGCGACAUCCGACCUUUACAUGACCGGGAAGUUCGCGAACGCCAUCAGCGUGGACUCCAGCUCGGAGCCGCAGGUGCUGCUGCAUCAGGGGCAGGUCCUGCUGAUUGACCAGCAGAGUGACGGCUCCUAUGUCCUGGUGGACGGGAACAGCGAGGACGGGGAGCAGGGAUCGACCAGCACAGUCUGCCCGUCCUGCAUCUGUGGCUGCGAGCUGCCCUCCGAGUUGAUGGAGUUCACGAACUUCCCGGUCAGCAGAGGGUCGGACAUCUCCACCUCGCGCCCGCCCAUUCCUUUCUUGGACUUCAGCAAGCUCGGCAGUUUCGUGCUCUGGUUGGAGGAGCUUCUGCGCUUCAGCUUGUUUGGGACAACAAACCAGGUUAUAAAACCAUCCGUCCGUGUCUUCAUACCAUUGGGAACCCGUGCACCGGCAGCAGUCAUGAGCACCUCCGCUGCGACCAAAGGGGGCAAAACCGGCAGGAAAGCCAGACAGGUGAAAAAGCCUGUGGGUGACCAAAAUGAGACGGAUGAUGCAGCUAAGUUACCACCGAAAUCGGCGGCUGCGAAAAAGGCACAGAACUCAAAAUAUGACAGCUCACUGUCAUUGAAUACCGUGAACGGAGACAUCUCUCCCAAGAAACCCAGCCAAGAAGCAAAGGAACGAGUUCGCGAGAAGCUUCAGAUACACGAACUCCAGAGUGAGCUGACCAAGAAGAGAGUCGAGUGCGACAUUUUGCGAGAAGGUGGCAGACAGAUACAGGAAGAGCUGAACUUUCAGAAGGCGGUGCUGUCUGUGAAAACCGAUGAAACCAUACGUCAACUGACGGAAGAGAACCACGAGCUGUCCGCUAUCGUGGAAGAACAGCAGUUACGGGAGAGCGAACUGGAGCUGCGAGUGGGGGAUCUCGAACAGGCGCUACAAGAAGCACAAGAGCAGCAGAAAACACUGGAAGAGGAAAAGAAACGCGUGGAGGAUGCGAGAGACGAGUUGCAACAGUUGCUGAAAGAAGCAGAAGAAAAGCAGAAAUCACUGGAAGAGGAAAAGAGACAAGUGGAAGAAGAGGGGGAGGAGUUGCGGAAGUCUAAUCGCCGCCAGGUGGAAGAGAUCAGCGCUGCUAAGGCAGAGGUGAUCGAGACUGCUCGACGGGCAGAGGAUGCGGAGAAGAAGGCAGCCCAGGAACUGCAAAAGCGACAGGAGCUGGAGCUGAAGAACGAAGAAGUCGUGAAAGAGAGGGAUGAAGUCGUGGUUGAAAGAGACGACGCCCAGGAAUCUUGCAGGACCCUAGAAGAGCAUAUUGAGAGCAUGAAGCAGGAAAAGAAGGACCGGCCGUCAGGGGCCACCCAAACCGACCUCCGGUCCUGUGUGUCCUGUACCAGUAAGAUUGAACACAAGGGCGACAUCACAGUGAUGGAGUCGAGCUGCAGUCUUCUCCCGUACUUCAUCCACGGCGACAGGAGAAACCUCAUCGUCCCUCUUCAACACAAACAGUCCAAAACCAUCGACCUGAAAAACUUCAAGGUGGACAACCCGUACGACCACAUUCCGUCCACGGCCAGCUCGCGACGCCCGACGCCAUUGAACAAGCUGCCGAAGCGCAGAAGCUCCUCCAGCCUGCAGGGGACGAAACUGCCUAGCUUGCUGAAGUCCAAGAAAGGAGUUGCCGGGCGCGAGGUGGAGCUGACCGAUCCUGCCCUGACCGGGAAGUUCAACAUCGCCAUCAGCGCGGACUCCAGCACGCAGCCGCAGCAGGCGCAGAUCCUGGUGCUGGACCAGCAGACAGACGGCUACUACGUCAUGGCGGAUGGGGACGGGGAGGCAGAGGCCGUGAACGGGGAGCAAAAUAAUGGACACAUUUAACCUUCAUCAGGCUAAAUUGAGGAUUUGUUGGUUAUACUAAGGUGUUGCAAUUAUCUAUUUCUGAUGCUUUUACAAAGAUAACUUUGCGCCAACAUCACCAUAUGUCGUACUGUAUGUAAACACAUCGCUGCUUUGUACUUGUACUAGUACGUUACGUAAACUGUAAUCCAAAAGGACAUGUAUUUGUUCGACUGUUUGUCAACCCCUCAGUUUUCAGCUGAUAAUCAACAGGUUCAUUGCAUUGAAUAAUUCAUGAGCAGCCCACCUUCAGCUGAUUAGGUCACAAAGAAUGAGCAACCUUGAUGGUUAGCGGGAUGGGGUGGAAAAACACAUGUAUGUGGUGCCAUAACGGUGGAAAGUUUGUACAGUAGAGAUGACCCUGGAUUUACCCGGUACCUUUCAGGACUACAGCUAUCUAUAGAUAUCAUAUUUGGAUGGAAAAACUUAUACGAAAAAUUGUAAAUAUAUGAUAUGAUACACGGUCGUAACAGGUGAAAAAUUGCGGUUGCCAGUGGAGCCCGAUGCAAUUAAAAUGAUACAAACAGACAGUAAAUGAUUUGUCUUAAUAAUAAUAUAUCUUAUAUCUGAUUGUGAUGAAUAUAUUCAGUGUAUAUGGUUGAAAUAGAUAUAUCCAGUUUCUUAGGACAAACGACUGAAUGUUUAUUUCGCAUGCAGAUUUUUAAUGUAAUUCUUAUCUCACGGAUAGGUAUUGUACGUAACGUACACGACCAUAUAGUCUAUUUUUCUGCUACCGUUACACAUACUAUGGCCCUGUGCCGUUUAGCUCCUAGUCAAGUACAAUACGAAGUUGUAAUCUUGCAUUUACACAGCUUUUUGCCACAUGAAGAUUACAGCAUACUGCUGUUAAAUGUUGGGUGUGGUGUAUACUUGUGUAGUUACCUGCUAUGUAUGGUUUGGCCUUUUUGUCAUGGGAGCAAAAUAUGAAAGC